AUGGACUUACAUGAGGAUAUACUAGUGGCAGGGGGUGACGAUCUCGCUAAUGCAAUUUCAAGCCUGAAUAUGGAAGGUUGGAACACCCAACGGCAACAUUACAGGACGAGCAUGAUACGUCUGCGGUUCAUCUUCUCUGUCUACAGAGAUCAAGCUCUCGAGAUAGCAUUGGGAACAUGUGAAGAUUGGGAUUUGGUCCAGAAGUCCAACCAAAUUAUCGAGAAAGCGCGAGCCGCGUUGGAAGCAGCCCCAGCUUUCAUUCGAUACGACGCCCAUGGACAGAACGAGGAUGCGGAAUCGGCAAGAUGCGUUGAUCCACACAUCGCGCGAGGCCCUAUCAAUCGUUAUCAGGAUAGUCUCCAAGUCGCCAGUGUCCUGACCCUUGAACUUCUUCACCAAACCCAAGAAAUCGGACCGCAUUCUGUCAUGUUGCCUCGCGCGGAGAUCAUUCGCAAUCUAAGUGUAUUUCUAUCAUGUCUGUCGUGGGUUCCGCGUCCAACAUAUGGUAACUACCAGACCUGCAAGGAAGCCGAGAAGAAACUGUCCCAUAUUCUCGACCAGAUUAUUGACCCGCAACCUAUCCAGCGAGAUGUCUUCAACGACGUGACCUCUGGCCUGGACAGCUUCCUGGAUUGGUAUAAUCCGAGUAACUGGGACUUCAACACUGAUUUCCUGUCUUCCAGCGACGGCUUCGGUCUUGCAAGGGAUUAA